UAUAGUUUAUAGUUGAAAGAGUGUGAAAGAGUGUGAAAAAGCGAAGAAGAUAACAGAAAUUGAAAUGGAGAAGUUAAGCGUGAGCCACAUGAAUGCUCGUUUCGCACUUCCCAAUCGCUCUUUCGAUUUUCUUCAAUUUCAGCACUCAAUUUUCUUCCUCAAGUUCCCCAAUCCGAACCAGAAUUCGAACCCAAACUCGAACCUCGUUCGAUUGCGCAGGCUCAAUUGCUCAGUAUCAGACGGCACCGUUCCGUCUUCUGUUGGUGCCACGGACUCGUCUCUUGUGGUGAAGGUGAGACUGAUCGAGAUUGUGAAGGCAGCAGAGGUGUCUUCUGACCUCAAAGGGACCUCCAUAUUUCUGGUUGGAUUGCAAAGUUCUCUCAAAGCCGGUUUGGGAAAGCUGCUGGCUGAUGCAUUACGGUAUUAUUAUUUUGACAGUGAUAGUUUGGUCGAAGAAGCUGUAGGUGGUGCUCUGGCUGCGAAAUCCUUUAGAGAGAGUGACACGAAAGGCUUCUAUGAGUCUGAGACUGAAGUACUGAAGCAAUUAUCUUCCAUGGGCCGACUAGUGGUUUGUGCAGGCAAUGGAGCUGUCACAAGUCCAACUAAUCUGGCACUUUUGAGACAUGGAAUUUCGCUGUGGAUAGAUGUGCCUCUAGAUCUUGUGGCUAGGGAUUUAACAGAAGACCAGUUUGUUCCAGGAUCAUACCCAGAGGUAAGGGAUGAACAAGGUGCUCUAUAUGAUAAAUACAGAGCUGGAUAUGCUACAGCUGAUGCUAUUGUUUCAGUUCAAAAAGUAGCAUCCCGGUUGGGUCGUGACAACUUAGAUGAGGUUACAAUAGAAGACUUGACUUUGGAGGCUCUCAGGGAAAUUGAGAAGUUGACCAGAGUAAAGAAGAUGAUUGAAGAGGCUGCAAGACCAUUUUAACCUUCCUUUACCUGUAAUCAAACGGGACAAUAUGAAACAUUUUUGAAUCUGCAACUCCUGGUUUAGCAUCUCAAAUUUAAGUUUUUAUUCCAGUUUUCUUCCUUGAAAUAUGUAUCUUCCUUUUGUUGCUGUUUUAAGAUGGCACUGUAGAGUGUUAUUUGAAAAUGAAAAAAAUACUCCUUUCUGUA